CAAAGGAUUCGUAAUCUGAUCACAAGUUAUUGAAAUACAUUGUCCUUCAAAAGCGUCAAUUUUGUUAGGAAAUAAGAUAUAGGUUAUGUGACGGAAACACAAAUAUUGUAUAGCGCAUAUGUUACUCCCAUAGCGGUGGUUAACUAAGAUCAAUUCCAAGCAGCCUCCGGCUAGUCGUUGCCAACAGGUGGGACGGCCUCGCGAUACUUCCCUACGCUCGCUGUUCAUGGGAACAUAAAUUGGAAGUCACGUUUCAUAACAAGGCCCAGCUUUGUCGUAGGGAAGCUAUGGUGGACGCGGUGUUGUGUGGUGUUUGAUGAAGGUGCACUGCAAUCUUGGCACGGCCUCUUCUGGUGGCACCGACCGUGGAGCAUCAGAAGAUAAGGGAUCAGUUCUUUUGUUCCACAACCAUUGAUCUAUGACGACAUGGGCAAAAAGACACUCGACGACGAAAAGAGCCUAUGUAGAAGCACCAGCGAAUUCUCCGACGGGGAUCAGUAUGGCAACGGUGGCGGUAGUUUCUAUGGCUCAAUCUUCCAUCAGCUCCAAGAAGUGAACGAGGAAUCUGAAGACCCGUGUGAGUUCCUCGGUCGGGCAUUCGACAUUAUCUGGAAUUCAUGGCUGAUGACCAUCUUCUUGGUGUCACUCACUGGCCUACCCAUCGCCAUGAUUGUCAUUGGAGGUUCUCACCGAGUAGACUGUCCCCGUGAACCCAAGGUUCCCAUCUACCUUCUCGUUGGGGGAGGAUUCGGACUCCUCAAGAUGCUGCUGUUGCUAUGGAGGCAGAAGAAGUCCCGUGACUACGAGCGUCUGGACGACUGUGCUGACGACGACACCGACGACAUUGUGAUGUCACGUAGCUUGCGGUUCAGCGGAUACAUCCUCACCAUAUUCCUGCUGUCGUGGUUCAUUCUCGGCAACGUGUGGAUCUUCCAGGUGUGGAAACCUAACUUUGUCCAGCCCUUACACGAGCCCAUGAACUGGUGCAACGAGACGGUAUACAUGUUUUCUGUGUAUCAAAUAUUUGCUUGCUAUGGCCUGAUGGGAUUCUGUGUAUUGGAACUGCUCACACUCCUCGUUGCAUAUGCAGUACAGAAACUGUGGGUGAAACCUUCUCAGCAGAAGUAGACGCAGAAGACCAGCAGAGAACUCUAUUUUUGUACAUUACAAAUACUCCACGAUAGCAAUGACCGUUACCUAAGGAAUGGCUUAUUCAAACCACUGAGCAUAAGGACAGCAUAUCUUUGAGUUAUCAGCUAAAGCAUGUGUUUCACUGCAUAACGAAUGCAUUACAGCUUCUUUGUCAUCCAUCGACUCCUAUGGGUUUUACAACACUUUCAAGUGCUACUGAACUGCGACGGACACAUACUAAAUGAAGCAUUUGUUUAUUGGCAUAACAAAAUACGUUUUGCUGGUGGAUAAUCCGUCUACUUUUCAGUCAUAGUAAUUCUUAACAACCCUACCAAGUGCUAGAAAGUAAUUGGAUAACAAGAUUAUGUGUUAAUCAUCCUAAAUAACGAAUAUGGAUUUUCUAUGUGGCUCAUCCACCGCUUCUUCGGACAUUCAUUAUAACCCUGUCAAGUGCCGCAGAACGGCCAGGCAGUGAUACUAACUGAAGCAAGUGGUUAUUGGCAUGAGGAAAUACGUUUUGCUUAAGAAGCACAAUCCGUCGACUUUUCAGUCAUAGAAGAUUGAAUUUUUUUUAAAGUGGCUAGGCAGGGAUACCAGCCGAGGCGUGCGAUUUUGGCUUAAAUGAAUAUUUCCUUAUGGAUUAUCUAUCGUUUCUUCUGUCAUUCAUUUCCACCAUCUCAAGUGCUACAAAACGACAAGGCAGAGAUACCAACAGAAACAUGUGUUUAUUGGCAUAAGGAAUACGUUUUGCUUAAUGUGGAUCAUUCGUUGUACAACCUUUCAAGUGCUGGAACGUGGCAAGGCAGACAUAUUCAACUGAAGCAUGUGUUUUUUGGCUUAACUGAAGAGUUUUUGCUUAUGGACAAUCCUUCGUAUUAUCUCAUUGUAAUUUUGCAUGUGAGCACAAUUUGUGAACUUGUGGGUUAAUGGUUGAUAUCCUCAUUGCACUUCUCAGAACAUUUGCUCACUGAUUCAAUGGUGCAGUUUUAACUUGGUUUAUGCCCAAGAACAACCUUUGUUAUGUGUAACAAGUGACUAUCCAACACAUUGACCACAACGACCUACCCAAUGUUGUAUCAGUCGAUACUCGCAUUAAGAAACCGUUCAGCUUGGAAAUCGCCACUAAUCGUGCAGAGUUGUGUCCCCUUCCAGAUUCCACGGGUUGAGGUUCGUUCUGUUAUCUUUGUCUGUCAGCACCAAAUUUGUGCUCAUGUGUCUUGCCAGAUUGUUAUACGUGACUUGUACUGUUCCUUAUUACGUUGACGUAGAUUGAUGCAACUGAGGCGGUAUUACUCAUUUUAACCUCCAUCAGAUGUUUUUAAUUGUACUGAAAUCUAGAACUGUUUGUAUCAUUCAAUGACGCUCGGGCUUAUAUACAUAACUAAGCCGAACAGAAGGGGCAAUGAAAGCAGAUUAUCACAUUUUAAUUAAUUCAACGCACGCAUUAACUGACACAUCCCUCUAGGUUUGCUUAAAUUAACAAUGCUUUCUCAAUUCACACAUAUAUUUUAACUCAUUAAAAUAUAAUUUUGUUAAUGUAAAGAAGUAUAUAUUAAAAGAUUUCUGUCAUAUGCGAUAUGCUGGUGAAGCAUUUCUACUCUGGAGCAUCAACUUGGCUCAUUGUAAUAAUCUAUCUACCAUAAAAGAAACUAUGUAUUUUACUAUUCUUAAGGAUUACACACGGCGGAUACAAGUGCCUGUAAACUGUCUGUUUGUGUGCGUGUUGUGGAACGACAAGAGAUUCGGCAUGACAGCGUUGUUUGCUAGCAUGUGAUGAAUGAUACCAUCAACAUUGUGGAACCCACACAUAUUCAAAUGUGUAUUGGAGCUGUGAUGUCGUUGAAAAACGUGAAACAUUGUCUGAAUAUAGAAAAUUAAGAGAUGCCAAUGUUUCAAAUAUAUUGUUGAAACGCCAUAAACUGGAUCUAGAGUGUACAUGGCAUGCUGGUAACUAAAUGUUUAAAUGUUAAUAAUGUUAUUCUCUUAAGUACAACAUUUGUAUUUGUAUUGAACAGACACUAUUAUUGGGAUGUUGUAUAUUCUGAGAGACAUAUAUAUAAGUUGUGUACUCAGUCCUCACUACCAAUAAGACAUCCUUGUAAUAUUCAUAAUCCUAACUGUUGUGUUCAUCAUACAUAGAAUAAUAAGAUCUAUAUCAUACAGAUUGAACGAGGACAUGAUGUAAUGUCGACAGUGAUAAAAUAUUUUCGAUCUUGAACAUAUAAACCAAAUACGAAAUAUAUCGUUGUUUACACUCAGCAAUAACGGGUUUUUUAAGAUAAAACAACAUAUUCCAUGUACAGGGACUGUGAUAGCUUUUAAAUCAAAGUAUUUAUCAUUUCCACCAGAGAUUGUUACUAUUGUAGAAUAAGAUGAGGUAUAAAGAUACUGCUGCAUAUUUGGGUUAUGAUAGUAUGAAACAGGUGCGUUAUUGUUAAGUGGGGAGUAAAAAAUGUAUGUGUCCAAACCAUUGACACUGACAUCAUUAAGACAGACAUUAGCCGGAUUGACAACAUGGGUAUUGUUCCGUCAGACAGUUAAGAUGAUGCUCCUUCGUAAAUAUUAGUGCUUGAGAAAAAUGAAUUUAGUAUUUGUUCAUUAGCAGGUUUUAUUCAACUGAGCAUAUGGAUUUAAGCCUUAUAGUUGUGUGACUAGGUGCUGAUGCUAUUGACUACAACAAUGUCCUCAUGAUCAAGCGACAGAGAUGAAUUCAUUAAUUUUGUGUGGCUUAAUGAAAAUAACACAGCAAUUUGGUCCUUAUAUUGAUUUCUGAUAAUCCUGACAUUUCUCUCACUUGAUUUAUAUUAAAUUACAUCGGAGGCAUUUGAGAAGCGGCUCUCCUUUAUAAUAUAUGUCCAUACCUUAUCAUGGAAUAUUAAAACGUCCACACGCUGCCGUGCAAUAACGACGACCUACUGACACUAGGUCGUUGUCCAGUACUAACACCAGAUCAUUGCCCGGUUCACCUCUUUCCUGCCGCGUGGGUGACAGUCAUGAUGUGAAAUCUAUGCGAUUAAGUACCUAGAUGGAACAUAAGACACUUGAUGCUGUUGUGCUAAAGUUCAUAUAUGGGAUCUUAUUGAGACAGCUGGAUCAGGGAUUAUUUCCCUUCCGGAUGGAAACUGAAGACGAGGUUGAUGGGACUCAAAUACAAAUAGAUGGGAUAGAAGCUUCAAGCACAUGCUGUAGGCUUGCCACUGAAGUAGUCGAUAAAGACAUGAGUAGGUGGUCACUGGAGGUAUUGUAAGCCUCACUGGAGAUGACGUUCAGGGGAUAUAAGGACAGAUUCAUGUAGAUCCGACAGUUGACGUUACCUGAUGCUAGAGGAUAGACACCAAAGUUAAUUAAGGUUCGGUGGAUACAAGAACAGAUGUAAGGAUCUGGACGUCCCAAAAAAAUGUGUUCUGAUAUUUUUCAUUUUCUGACUUCUUUGUUCUGAAGCAGUAACUAACUAUAUAUCCAUUUCCAACAAACAAUGCCAGACCCCAAAAGAAUAUUAUAAGGCGCUUCCCCAGGGCACUGAGCUGGGAUAGGUAUUGCACACGAAAAAGAGCUGACAAUAAAGUUAAAAUCUUUUAUCUCUCGACAUUAAGCUAUGUGUUCUUUUAGUUUCGAUGCCUUUUCCAUUCCAAGAGCAAUAAGAGCAAUAUGCUCUUGCCUGCCGGAUAUUCGACGCACACUUGAUUAUUUCAUGCUAAUAGGUCUUAAGUGGAUAUUUAAAAUAAUAAUGAAUAGCAUACUUUGGUGCAAAAUGCUUUUAUAGCCCAUAUAAUGACACAACAGAACUACUAUACGUACUUUAUAUGCACCUGGAAAUAAGUAGAAUAUAGUUCCUUAAAUUUCCAUAAUCUUUAUCUUGCGUGUAUGUUUUGAAAUAUCAGUACGUUGUAAGGGCAUUAAUUCUGUUUUGAGACAUACCUAAGAUACCGCCGACACCUGCUGACAUUUUAUACAAGAACAACGUGUUUCACAAGACGUUUUGAAAUAAUCAAACUGCCAGACAAAAGUAAGUAUAUAUGAGACAUUUGGACUUGAUAUGAAUCCAAAACUUACAAAUGUUAUAAAAACGGUACUAGGCAGAUGAGUACUUAAAACAUAUGAGACAGAUAUAAAAAUAUCACCAUGGAACAUCCAUUCCUUGUUUUUAUUUCAACCACCUUCAGAUAGGAGUGAACACUUUCUUUGUAAGGUAGCUGUUUAUACCAGGUGAAAGAGUAGUCAAAUAUUCAUCGCGGUUUACAAGACGUCGUUAGACAAUUUAUUUCGUUAUCAAUAUUCCUUUAUUGGUAUAUUACAUUUUAAAUAUAAAAAUAAUGGGGUUGGUUUUAGUUAUUUUUUGUCAGAGAAGUGACACAGGGUAGGAUAUUAAUUGAAUUGCUAUUUCAUAGGGGAAUAUAUGGUUAACGGUCAUUUAUUACUUUCUCGGUGUAUAAAUCUCAGCAUUCAACUAUAUGUGUUGUAUUGUGUUUCUCAAGACAAAAAAGUAUAUUUUUCUAUUACAGGCCUUUACACACUUCUGUAACACAAUUCUGUCUAUUUUCUACUUUUAUUAACACCUGUUUUUGAUUCUUGUUGUUGGUUACUAUUCAUUCAUUAAGCCUGGGGACGCUCAGUGCCUGUUUCCCCCGUUGUUACAUCGCUCCAAUAUUGCUAAACGCGGCGUAAACCCACACUCACUCACUCACAAACCAGUACCGUGAGAGGGAUGUGAAGGGGUUGACAUAGUGGGUGAUAGUAACAGUGGAGGAAAGUACGGUUGGACAAAGAUAUUACCUGACCUAUCCAUCGUAUGAACUUGAAAUGAUCGGAAAUACUCAAUG